UUUCGAGUAACUUCAAAUUUUGCAUUGCAGACUACCAACAUGCUAACUAAGCUAACUUGUGGUAGCACUGCCGUCAUAGAAGAAGAAGAAGAAGAUAAAGUUUGAUAACCAGAGAGUGGUGAUAACCAAAAAGUUUCCUUUCAAAACUCUCUUCGUUUCUGUCGUGUCGCGUUCGCAAGGUUAUUAACUUUGUUGGUGUGUAAUCACAAUGGUUGCUAAUUUUCAUACAUAAGAGGAGAUUGGGUCAGCGAUUCAAUAAAUAAACCAAGAUAUGUCCCUUAUAACCUCUCUUCGAAAAUUGAAUUCUAGUGUAAUGAAAUAUAUUCCGAAUGGAAAAAACGUGAAACGUCCUAAACCUACUUCAUCAGAAGUUUUGACCAAUUAUCUUCUCCAAUGUAACGAACCUCCUUGGACUUCAUAUUUUGUGAAGUACAGUAAUGUAAUUGAUGACCAAUGGGGUAAAUCUCAUUUUAACUGGACAGUUGGAAAUUCCAACUACCAUAUUUUACGAACGGGUUGUUACCCUUACAUUAAAUAUCACUGUACCAAAAGGCCGAAAGAAGAUUUACGUUUUGAGGAUUACUUCUUCAGGUUCAUCAAAGUAUUCAAUCUUGGAAUUCCAUGUCUCGCCUAUGGUUGUGCUGCAAUUUUUCUGAUAACCUAUAAGGAAAUUGUUGAAACACCUGGAGGAAAUGUUUAUAUUUAUUUUCUUUACAAAGAAGAUAAGGGUUCCUUGUAUUGAUUUGUAUCUCAUAUAAAAUAUUUGUUAGGGAUUA